AUGGCUAUCUCGCGUGUGAGGGGACCUCCAUGCAUCGCCCGGUCACCCGCCUGCCUGCAGGAUCCAGAGGGGCUUUUCGCCAAGAAGCCGGCGGCAAGCAACCUGCUGGCGCGUAACAUGACGAAGCGCAAGUAUGGUCUGGAGGACGCCGCUGAGUUGGAGGUCAAGGAGCUCAAGGCCAGGGAGCAAAAGGAGCUGCAGCGCCGCAGGGAUGCCAGAACGCCGCCAGAGGACCCUCAGCAGCUGGUCACCUUCUUCCUGGACCUUCCGGGGGAGGAGAUCGCGUGGGAGGCUGCCCGCUGCGCACCGCUUCUGACGCCCGCCUUCUUCCUGCAGCUGGAUCGAAUCAUAGGCGCGGAGCGAUUUGCAGCCAAGCCGGAUGCCACGCGCUUGAAGCAGCUGGAGCAGCUGAGGGACGACAUCACCAAGGCACUGGAGGGUGUCAAGACCAAGCUGGCGGAGACAGUGACCCCUGCGGAGAGCCUGAAGGGGGUGCUGCAGGCCCGCGACAAGAAGGCGGCGCUGCUGGAGCUGGCUGGGAAGAACGGCAUCAACGCCGCCUUCAUCCAGUUGCUGGACGAGAACAUCGCGACGGCGGGGGCGGCCCAGCAGCAGAAGGCUGUGGAAGUCAUGACCAAGCUGCGCGCCGAAGCGUCGCGGUACCUCACGGCCUGA